AUGACCACGCCCGAGAAAGAACUGCCUCGCUUCGAGUUCGACCCUUCCAGCAAGAGACCCUCCGACGACGAUCUCACGGCUGUUGAAAAUGGACGCGAAGACUCUGUCGACGGUAAACUGUUACACGACCGGUUGAAGGCGGAAACACGUCGUCGAGAUACAGGAACAUCCUUCGAUGACCCGCGGUCGCCCAGCAAGACGCGAGAAGAGGCCCAUCGUCUUGAGGACGAACUAGCCGUGCAGAGAGCCGAACGACUCACGUCAAUAGAGUCCCAGCAGUCAGAAGGUGGUCGAAAUUCAGCGCAGCUUCAUCGAUCCCGGUCGAGAGCACCCGAGCCACUCGAUGAGUUCGAUACAGCCACGAACCCUAUUCACGAACGUACCGCCAUCUACAAGCCUCCCGAAAACCCCAGCACUAAGAUUGCCAAAUUCUUCAAAUACAUCCACCAGUCUAGCUUCGUUAUCCGCUAUUUCACCUACAUCGUCCCCCUGUUUGCCCUCCUGCUGAUUCCUAUUCUGGUUGGAGCGUUCUUGCCUGCUGCCGAGCACGCGAGUGUUGGUGGUGUCGAUCUAAUCUGGUUCGGAGUAUGGCUGGAAAUAAUCUGGUUGACUCUCUGGGCCGGCCGUAUCGCUGCCCGGAUGAUCCCAUAUCCCCUGGGUCUCAUAUCAAGCCUCUUCACGAACAAUUCCAAAAAGUGGCGAGAUCUGGGCAAAGCUCUUGAAAUCCCAGCGACAAUCUUCUUCUGGUGGCUCGGCAUUGAGAUUUCUUUCCUGCCUACCAUGACUAACCAUCAUGUGAAUGGCUCCAAACAGACCAAGCAUUGGGAAAAGGUUCUCAACAAAGUCAUCAUCUCUAUCUUUGUGGGUGCGACUUUGAAUUUCAUCGAAAAGAUUAUCAUUCAGCUGAUAGCUAUUUCCUUCCACUUGCGAACUUAUGCCGACCGGAUUGAAAUCAACAAAUUCCAGAUUGGCAGCCUGACGAAACUCUACAUCUUCUCCAAGGCCAAAAUUGCCAUGGAAGAUGUAGAAUUCGAAGAAAAACACCUGGACCCAGGGUCGGGCACAAAAACACCUGCCCUUUAUGCCGCGCAUGCUCAGGAAGCUCUCACCAAGGCCUUUGCUAAAGUCGGUGAUGUGGCUGGCACAGUCGCAGGUGAUUUUACUGGGAAGAAGGUGGCAAAAAGCGGCCACCCUUCUCAGGUCGUCUUAACCCUGCUUAACAGCACCAGCGGCUCGCAGGUUCUGGCUCGACGUCUAUAUCGAACAUUCGUGCGCGAGGGCUUCGAGACUGUGUCGUCAGAAGACCUGAAGGCGGCCUUUGACAAUGAAGAGGAAGCCGAGGCAGCGUUCAGCAUGUUCGACAAAGAUAUGAACGGAGAUAUUUCCAUGGAGGAACUCGAAGCCGUCUGUGUCGAAAUCGGAAGGGAAAGAAAAUCAAUCACUGCUUCCCUCAAAGACCUCGACUCCGUCGUCAGCAAGCUUGACGAUGUUCUGUUUUUCAUCGUCUGCGUCGUCACUAUCCUGGUCCUGAUCUCUCUCAUUUCCACCUCAGCAGCCGGGGUCUUGACUUCAGCUGGCUCAGCCGUCCUCGCAUUAUCUUGGCUAUUUUCCGCUACUGCCCAAGAGUUUCUACAGUCUUGCAUCUUUGUCUUCGUCAAACAUCCCUUUGAUGUUGGAGACCGAGUUUCAAUCUACGGCAACACUGGGUCUUCCCUCAAAGGAGAUGACUACUUCGUCAAGGAAAUCUCGUUGUUGUAUACGGAAUUCAAGAAGAUGGAAGGCCACAUUGUCCAAGCGCCGAACUCCUAUCUUAACACGUUGUUCAUCCUGAACAUGCGGCGCUCUGGAGGCCUUGCUGAAGCUGUUCCGAUUGUCAUCCGAUUCGGUACCACUCUGGAACAAAUCGAGGCCUUGCGCAACUCGCUACUCGAGUUUGUGCGAUCUGAGAAGCGUGAGUACCAGGGCAAUAUUUUGACCGAACUUAGGGAGGUGACCGAAGCGUAUUCUCUCACUUUGAAUGUUGUUUUCUUCUACAAGUCGAACUGGCAAAACGAGCUGCUUCGUCUUCAGCGACGGAACAAAUUCAUCUGUGCUUUGAUGGUGGCUAUGCAGGAGAUUGGCAUCGAAGGUCCUCGUCGCAACCAAGCUGGUUGGCGACCAGAUGUGCCGUACUUUAUGCAGUUGCCUCCUGGGGCUCCACCUCUCAUCGGCGGAAAUGCCAACGAACUGCAACCCGGUCAUGCUUCAGGAAGUAUCACUGGAGAUCCGCUCCACCAUACUCCUGCGGCUGCGGCGCCUCCGCUUCAGUAUCCUUCCAUCCUGCGACGACGGCCUAGCACUGGUCAACUCGGACGACCUAGAGGCGAGUCUCUGUCGGCCAUGGCCAGGAGAGUGGAUUUUUCGUUGGGUAUGAAAGACGUGAGUUCCGGAGAGCAACUCUCGGAUGUAUAUGAAGACCGCAGUCGCCCGAAUUUCGAAGAGGUGAUUCGCGAAUCCAACAGGAUUGACGAGGAACGAAGGAUCUCGGAAUCCCAAGAACGCGAAAGCCACGGAAGGUCAACAUCCCGCGAAGGACACAUGAUGAGUGGCAUUCUGCGGCGCUCGACCACUCAAAGCUUGGGCGGUAAUAGCAGAGUGUCUAUGAGUGGUCAUCAUCGGGCCUCGAUCAGUAGCACCGAGACACAUCGGAAUCGCUUCCUGGGCCGCUUCAACCGCCCCGGUCGAAGCAUUGAUCUUCCACGCGACUCCCUAGCGGAAGAAGGUCAAGCUCCGCCCAUCUCAUCCCAGCCGCCCCUGGAUGCGAGAUCUGGUAAAGUCAGCUCGCAGGCAGUACGGGUAGACUCGAUCGCAUCUCAAUCCAACGAGAACGAGCCGUUUCCGUCCAUGGCUCCAGUGCGCAGCAGGGCGGAGGACUUUGAGUUGAGAAGGCUAGGCGGUGAGGGUCCGUCCAGCCACCCGCACUGA